AUGUACCUGUGUCAACAAGGGCUGAAAGCUGGUGACAACCUCACAAAAUCCAAAAGUUGGAAUCUUGCUGCACAAAAACCACCAGCUCUGCCUUGUGAUUCAGAGCAAUCACAUAGGAUUCAUGAUAAAGAUGAGAGGGAAGAGAAAAAAUGCAGAGAAAAAAGAAGAGGAGAAGAAAAGGAAGAGGACAUAGAAGAGAAACUGAAAAAGACACGAGAGAAAGAUAAAAAAGCUAAAAAAGCGGGGGGAAAGAAAAAUAAGGAACCAUAUCUUCAGAAAAGAUUAGUCAGCAAACCACUCAUGGACACUCUUUGGACAACCUUUAAAUUAAACAAAUGCCUCACAAGAAGAAAGAGUCUAUUACUGGCAUUUGAAUUUAGCAUGACAGAAAGACAGAUAAAUCAAUGGUUUUUUAAGAAGAGGAAGAAAUACAAUAGGGAAAUGGACAAGCAAAAAUAUAAGAAAGUACAGAAGAGGUAAGAAUGUUUGCUAUAUAGAACACAAAGUGAGGGAG